UGGCUUCCUUCUCUCUCUCUCUCACACACACACUACUCACCACCACUCUCUCUCUCUCUCCUUUCCAUCUCUCUUGGAUUCUUUCAGAUUCCAUGGAAGCUCCAAAAAGCUGAUUCGCUGGAGCAGAUUUUUUUUUUUUUCCGUCUUCACUUCUCAGAUUCGGAUCCUUGCUCCUGCAUUUGGGGAAGCUGAUAUAAGGUUAGACCUGGUUUCUUAUUAGAUGGUAUGCAGCAGUUUCGUAAGGAGUGUUAUUGUUCAAGCUGGUGGUCGUAUUGGGGUGUUGGCUCAAGGGAGACAUCGGUUUAAUCAUAUCAAGAAGACCUUGAGUUUUGGUUUACGGUUUAGAACUAGUGUGAUUGGAUUUAGAACCAGUGGAAUCGGGUUUAGAACCAGUGCAAAGAUGAUGGUUGAUUCUUCCACCGGAGAGAAACGAGUAUCUUUAGUUGAUAUGCCGCCUGGGAAAGUUGAUGAUGGCGGAUACAUUGGCGGUGGGUGGAAAAAUGAUGAUGGAAGCUUGAGAUGUGGGUACUGUAGUUUCAGAGGGAAAAGAUCUACGAUGGAAGAUUUCUAUGAUGUCAAAGCUUCCACAAUUGAAGGCCAAACAGUGUCCAUGUUUGGAAUAUUUGAUGGUCAUGGUGGUUCACGUGCUGCUGAGUACCUGAAGGAACACCUCUUCAACAAUCUUAUGAAGCAUCCACAAUUUUUGACGGACACCAAGCUAGCAUUAAGUGAAACAUAUAAACAAACUGAUGUAGCAUUCCUUGAGGCGGAAAAGGAUACUUACAGAGAUGAUGGCUCCACAGCAUCUGCUGCUGUGUUAGUGGGGAAUCAUUUAUAUGUUGCAAAUGUUGGAGAUUCGAGGACAGUAGUUUCUAAAGCUGGGAAAGCGAUUGCGCUAUCUGAUGACCAUAAGCCAAAUAGAAGUGAUGAAAGAAAGCGAAUCGAAAGUGCUGGUGGUGUUAUCAUGUGGGCAGGAACAUGGAGAGUAGGUGGGGUGUUGGCAAUGUCCCGGGCCUUUGGUAACAGAAUGCUGAAGCAAUUCGUUGUUGCUGAACCCGAGAUACAAGAUCUAGAGAUAGAUCAUGAGGCCGAGUUGCUAGUGCUUGCAAGUGACGGUUUAUGGGAUGUGGUGCCAAAUGAGGAUGCCGUAUCUCUUGCUCAGAGCGAGGAAGAGCCCGAGGCAGCUGCCCGCAAGUUAACUGACACUGCCUUCAGCCGUGGCAGUGCAGACAACAUCACGUGCAUUGUUGUUAAAUUCCGUCAUGAUAAGACUGAAUCUCCUAAAAUUGAACGAAACACCCUGGCUGAAUCAGAACCAGAACUGAACCCCACAGCUGAACUGGAACCGGAAUUAAACCGCAAUGCUACCACGGAAACCGAAUCAAGUCCCAGAGAUGAACUGGAACCCAAACCUGAUGAUGCUACACUCGAUCGAAAACCGGAAACUGAACCAGAGGCCAAGGGUGAGAAAGCAGGUGAGUAAGGUAGCAGCCGGAGAAAGGUGUCCAUAUAGUUGGGGGGCAUGUGGUAAACAGAUGAAUAUAAAAUUGCUUAGUUGUUGUGUGAUUUGUGGCUACCUGUAACGUGUGAGGAUUGUGUUUUGGUUUUGUGUUGCAUCAUGCACAUGCCUAUGCCUAUGCCUAUGCCUGCCUUGAGAGGACGAGUACGACCCUUUUGACAUGUCCUCGAUUUUUGUCUAUUCAUUUUGCUCUAUUUUGUUUGUUGGUGCUACUCACACCAAGAACAAACUCAUUUGUUCUGCUUCUCCCACUUCUUUCUAUCUUUUAUAUAAAAACCUUCCAAUAAACAAUGUGUCAA